AUGUCAGUAGAGAAGGAACCAGUUUGGGCCCCCUACUCCCGGCUGCACGCUCCUCCCUCCUCCCCCCUCCCCCCUCCCCCUCCUCUCCCCUCGGCCUUUGCCGCUAGCCCGGCCCCCGGCCCCCGCCCCCCGCCCCGCCGGAUACGGAGGAGGAAGCCGCCGGCCCUCCGCAGUUGCCUAGACGAGCCCCGGAAGAGUUCUUGGCGCUGCCGGCCUGGCUCGCUCUGGGCCCCGGCUGCGCGCUCCGCUCCCAGCCGUGCCGUCAGCCGCUUGCCCGGCUUCAGGCUUCACCAGAGUGCCCAGCAGAUCCAUGACACAGAAAAGCUGGAACAGACAGAUCUGCCAUCAGUCCUGCGUCUGCCCCAUACUGAGAUUGAGGACUUCCUUGAUGAGAAAUUAGACAUUACCUUCAUCAUGUCUUCCAAACGUCCAUCUGAUGGUAGUGGCCCUUCAGAGAAAAAAGUUCAGCGCAAAUCUAUCUCUUUGGAAAAGAAAAUAGAGAUAAUCAAGCGAGUAGAAGCUGGCGAGAUGAAGAGUGAGGUGGCUCGUUCAUUUGGCCUGGCACAGUCAACCUUAAAAUCCAUUUUAAACCAAGCUGAAAGAGUGAAGGCCUCCGUGCACAACUCCAGUAACCUCACUGCUGCCAAGGUGACCCGAAUCCGAAGUAGUGUCAUGGAGAAAAUGGAGAACAUGUUAAGUAUUUGGGUAGACAACAUGAUGCAGCAUCACAUGCCGCUCAGCCAGGCAUUGAUAAUGCAAAAGGCUCUGAGUUUAUUUGAUCAUUUGAAAGCACAGGCAGGUGAGGAAUCCAGCAAAACAUUUGUAGCUUCCCGUGGCUGGUUCGAGAAGUUCAAAAAGCGAAAUAAAAUUAAUAGCAUUCGCAUCACAGGGGAAACUUCCAGUGCUGAUAUUAAAACUGCAGCAGAAUUUCCUGCAGUGCUCAAGGCUGUUGUUGAGAGAGGAAACUAUUCUCCAAAUUUAGUUUUUAAUGUGAGUGAGACAGGGCUGUUUUGGAAACGCUUGCCUUCCCGAGCUCUCCCCCGAGAAGAGAAAGAUGCUGCUGACUUUAAGGCCACCAAAGACCGUUUGACCAUUCUGCUAGGCAGCAAUGCCUUGGGAAACAUUAAGUUGAAGCCUCUCCUUGUCUAUCAUUCUGAGACUCCUAAACACAUGAGAGGUUUUUCUAAACUUAACCUGCCUGUUAUCUGGAAGUCCAACAGGAAGGCCUGGGUGACGACAGACAUGUUUAAUGACUGGAUUGUUAAUCAUUUCUGUCCUGUCGUGCAGUGUUACUGUACAGAAUACGGUUUGGAACCCAAAGCGUUGUUGGUCUUAGACAGUUCCAUGGGCAGCCUGUCGAAUUUUGACUCGCUUCAGACCUGUCUGCCCAUCCAGGUCUUGUUUUUUCCCCCAAACACAGCCUCACUUCUUCAACCCAUGGACCAGGGUGUCUUUGCAGUGUUUAAGGCUUACUACUUCAGGUGCACUUUUAGUCAGCUGCUUGAGGUCAACACUAGUAAUAAGCAACUUACCAUCAGGGAAAUUUGGAAGGAUUACAACAUUAUGAAGGCAAUUGACAAUAUCAAAAUCGCCUGGGCAGAAGUGAAUAGCCAUUGUCUAAGUGGUGUUUGGCGAAAGGUGUGGCCCGAUUUAGCAAAUGAUUUCUUUGAGGUAGAGUCAGAAAUUUUGGCCAUUACCACAGAGGUCGCACGUAUGGCAAAGCUACUAGGCUUUGAGGAGGUCACCCUUGAUGAUGUGCAGGAGCUCUUGGAUAACUCCGGAGACACAGGGAAUGAGGACUUGCAGGAGUCGGCCGACCAGCACUUCACAGAGGAAAGAGUGGACAGCAGGGACGAUGACAAGGAAGCUGGCUCGGGGCGAAUGUUAACGACAGAGGUCCUGUCUGAUUGCUUGGCUGAGGUCUCACACGCCCUGGAGGUUUUGUCAGAGAAUGAUCCUGACUGUGAGCGAAGCUGCUCAGUGAAGCGGACGGUUUUACAGGCUCUAGGUUGCUACUCAGAGAUGCUUCAGGACAGAAAGAAGGCACGCCCGGCUAGCUUGGAAGUGUUCCUGAUGAAACCGAGUCCGCAGCAACAAGAGUCACAGCCAGGGCCGUCUGCCACCCUUUGCACCUCGUGGCCCCUCAGCUAGGGUGCCCGCCAAUGCAGGGAAACAAGGCCAGAGGAAAAGCUGCUCUGGGGAAUUGUUUUGUUUGUUUCUUUAGUGAGCUGUACAUUUGGAAGUCUGUGUUAAAUUUAACGUGUUUCUGUACAGCACAUAUUGUUUUGGAAUUAAAUGAUGGCAUAUCAUAAUUCCCCCUUGUAACAACCUGAAACACAAGUCUAAACCUCUGGGAUGGGAUACUCUGUACAGAGCUGGACAAAGUGACAUUUCCCCUGGCUUUCUGUGCUACAGUUUUUGCUCUUAGCUGGUGCUGGUUGGUUGCAAAGCCUUGCGAUUCUGGUUUUUCCCAAAAUGGAUAAUGAUGUUAGAGGCUGAGAUUAGCCCACUUAGGAAAAUUGAAUUACUACUUCUUUUUCUAGCUAUACAUAAAGACUAUGAGAAAAGAUAUCAUUUUAAGGGGGUGGAGUGGGCGGGGAAUGGGGACUGGGCUUGUGAACAUAUUGCUAUAGGGAACUCCCUCAUACCAAUAUCAAGUGACUUGCCCAAGGUGCCAAAGGUAAGAUUUGAACCCAGGGCUUCUAGGCUUUAAGGCCAAUUCCCUAUCCACUGGCACCAUUUGAAGCAAGAUAUCCAUGUGCAUUUUUUUUUUUAAAUGAGACAAUUGGGGUUAAGUGACUUGCCCAGGGUCACACAGCUAGUGUCUGAGGCCGGAUUUGAACUCAGGCCCUCCUGAAUCCAGGGCCGGUGCUCUAUCCACUGUGCCACCUAGCUGCCCCUAUCCAUGUGCAUUUUGAUGUAACAGGUGCUUGAAUAAGCUUCCACUAGAUUUCUCUUACUUUUAGUCACUUUAACAAAAAUCUUUAAUAUCCCUAUCCUCUGGAUGACCUCUUUAGGGCUCUGAGCCAAGCAUUUAAUCAUUGAAUUAAUUUACAUUGAUUGAAUGCUUCUGCAUCUUCUGCAGUUCUUUUGAGCUUCCAGAGUAGUCUAUGGAAAGUGUGGGAGUAAAAUUGAUCUCUGUCCUUUUCCUGGAUCAUAUGCACCAAAGACUGAAAUGGUGACUGUGCCACCCUAAUUCACGUGAAUUGUAUAUUCCCUGAGUUGGGUUCCUGCUAUGUCUUCCUGCUCUUCAAGCCCCCUCUAUUCUGUGGGAGCUUAGGGCUGCCUUAAGGAUUCUUUGUAUAGAAAUAACAAUUUAUCAAGUCCCUUUGUUGGGAAAAACAUUUGUCAAUCACCUCACUGUCCCUGAUAGCAGCUCUUGAAAUAAUCAUCUUCUGUGAAGUAUGAGACACUGCUUAGUAGCAGCAUUCUCCAUGGCCUCUAAUGUUCAUCUCUAGCAAUGGCAUUUCAGGCUUUGUAACAAAAUGUAUUAAAAGUCUGUUAGUAAGCAUUAUGUGGUGUCAGCAGAUCUGGACCUGAGGCCAAGCUCUACCACUAGUUAUGGGUGGCCAUCAAUGUUAUCUAUAAGUCCGUUCAGUCCUCAGUGUCUUGGACUGUUAAAAUGGGAGUAUUGCUUGUCCAACCUACCUCACAUUUUGAAAAUGAAAAUGUAGAAACGUGAGCUGCUAUUAUUACUGUACCUUAAACGUUUAAAGCCAAGAUAUCAAUAAACAUGCAUUUUUUUAAGCACCUACUGUGUGCCAAGCACUGCUUGAUGCCAUUGUCUUACCUCUUUCUCUCCUGCUCCUGAAUAUUCUGGCUUCCUCCAGCCCGGUUCUGCUUUUCAUCAUUCUCCAUGGUGUAGGCAAUGGUGUGAAUGAAUUCGGAAUCUAAGGCCUAGAUUGCGGGUCUUACUAGCUAUUUGACCACUCAACUUAUCUGAGCCUUGAUUUCCCCAUUUGUAAAAUGAGGAUGACACCUGCAAAACUUAUCUCAUAAUAUUCUUAUUUUUGUUUUAAUUGUUUUUCCAGGGCAAUGAGAGUUAAGUUGACUUGCCCAGGGUCACACAGCUAGCAAGUGUCUAAGGCUGAAUUUGAACUCGGGUCCUCCUGAAUCUAGGGCUGGUGCUUUAUCCACUACGCCACCUAACUGCCCCCUAGACUACUUUUUCCAGAAAGUCAAAAGUCUAGUCUCUCUCUCUUUUUUUUUUUUUUGGUUUUGUUUUUUUGCAGGGCAAUUGGGGUUAAGUGACUUGCCCAGGGUCACACAGC